UGAACGAGGAUUGCAGAAAAUGGCAACUCCAAUCGAAGAUGCCCAUAGCCGGGUGGAUACUAUCUGCGACCAGGAAAGUAAAACUACGGUCAUGUUCGUCGGAGCUCCCGGAGCUGGGAAGUCGUCCUUAAUCAACUCCUUGAUAAACAUCAUCGACAAGGAUUCUAGGCAGAAGGGUAUCAACAGGUACAUCCCCACCGCCCCUUCGGACAUGAUGGGGGGACACACCCUUAUGCGGGAGCAGGUGGAAUUGACCGAUGCUCUGACCAUUGUGGAUAAUCGUGGGUGGCACGACUGGGAGAAAGAGGUGGCUCUGAAAGAGCUAGUCGCUCAGAUAAAUGCUCAACGGGCCUUCGUUGAUGAUGUCGAUUGGGAACAUGGAGAAGAGGAAGAAGACAUCCUGGAAAUUCCUCUAGUUAUUGCAGAGAAAAUAAGCUGUGUAACCAUCGUUUUCCCCCACAAGCUUCAUCUAUUUGAUUGUGUUUGCUUUUAA